AUGAGUGCGGAUCUGGUGGCUGAGAGCACACAUGGGAAUCUUGACGAGCAGAUUUCCCAGCUCAUGCAGUGCAAGCCGUUGUCAGAACCAGAGGUUCGGGGCUUGUGCGAGAAGGCAAAAGAGAUACUAAUGGAUGAAAGUAAUGUUCAGCCGGUAAAAAGUCCAGUUACAAUUUGUGGUGAUAUUCAUGGCCAGUUUCAUGAUCUUGCUGAACUUUUUCGUAUUGGAGGGAAGUGUCCAGACACGAACUACCUUUUCAUGGGAGAUUAUGUUGAUCGUGGAUACUAUUCAGUUGAAACUGUCACUCUUUUAGUGGCUCUGAAGGUGCGAUAUCCUCAACGGAUCACAAUUCUACGAGGAAAUCAUGAAAGCCGACAGAUCACUCAAGUAUAUGGUUUUUAUGAUGAAUGCCUGAGGAAGUAUGGAAAUGCCAAUGUUUGGAAGAUAUUCACUGACCUGUUUGACUAUUUCCCUCUGACUGCGCUGGUUGAAUCAGAGAUCUUCUGUCUGCAUGGGGGAUUGUCCCCAUCUGUUGAAACCCUCGAUAAUAUAAGGAACUUUGAUCGUGUUCAAGAAGUUCCACACGAGGGUCCAAUGUGCGACCUUUUGUGGUCUGAUCCUGAUGAUCGAUGUGGUUGGGGUAUCUCGCCUCGUGGUGCUGGAUACACUUUUGGCCAGGACAUAUCUGAGCAAUUCAACCACACCAACAAUCUGAAAUUAAUUGCAAGAGCCCAUCAGCUGGUUAUGGAAGGAUAUAACUGGGCCCAUGAACAAAAGGUUGUCACUAUUUUUAGUGCACCAAACUACUGUUACCGGUGUGGAAAUAUGGCCUCCAUUUUGGAAGUUGACGACUGCAGGGAGCAUACCUUCAUCCAGUUUGAACCAGCUCCAAGGAGAGGAGAACCAGAUGUUACCCGGAGGACGCCUGACUAUUUCUUGUAG